UUAUUUAUUUAUUUAAUAAUUUUAAUUGAAAAAAAAUGAAAAAUGGAAAGUACUGGUAGUAUUAAACGGCGCUCUCUUUCAUCUUUUAUGUGAAUCCGUUCUCGACUGAGUUUCUACUUUUUGCAGAUUCUCUAGAAUUCCCAACUUCCCAGAAAAAAGAAAGAAAGAAAAUCCCGGAAAAUCACAUUCUUUUCUAUUCCCGGAAAGGAAACCAGAGAAAUAAAAUAAACAAUCUUUUUUUAAAUGUGUAUGAAGAAACGGUGAACUCGGUGUGACUCAUUUACUAUAAAGCAGAAAAGAAACCGACUCUUGGCGUGACUUGAGGUAGCUGUCAUUUUCAAUGGCUCAAGAUGCUUCUGGUUUUGAAUCACACCAUAAGAAACCAGGUCUCUUAAAAGAUCAAGUACGGCUGGUGAAGCGAAAGGGCUGUGAUCGCCAUGAGAUUGUUCCAAUCCAAGAUCCUUUGUCUUUUGAGAAGGGGUUCUUUAUUGUUAUCCGUGCAUGCCAACUGUUAGCACAGAAAAAUGAUGGAAUAAUAUUAGUAGGAUUAGCAGGUCCUUCUGGAGCAGGGAAGACUGUAUUUACAGAAAAGAUACUCAACUUCAUGCCCAGCAUUGCUAUUAUAUCAAUGGACAAUUAUAAUGAUUCUAGUCGAAUAGUUGAUGGAAACUUUGAUGAUCCACGCUUGACAGAUUAUGAUACAUUGCUCCAGAAUGUUCAUGAUUUAAAGCAAGGGAAGGAAGUCCAAGUUCCAAUCUAUGAUUUCAAGACUAGUUCCCGAACAGGAUACAGGACCCUUGAAGUUCCAAGCUCCCGCAUUGUAAUUAUUGAGGGCAUUUAUGCUUUGAGUGAAAAGUUACGACCUAUGAUGGAUCUUCGAGUAUCUGUUACAGGGGGAGUUCACUUUGACCUUGUUAAACGAGUCUUACGAGACAUACAGCGUGCUGGCCAAGAACCUGAAGAAAUAAUCCAUCAAAUAUCUGAAACUGUAUAUCCAAUGUACAAGGCCUUUAUUGAGCCAGAUCUCCAAACAGCACAUAUAAAAAUCAUUAACAAGUUCAAUCCAUUUACAGGAUUUCAAAGUCCCACUUAUAUUUUAAAGUCAGCAAGGAAGUUUACAGUGGAUCAAAUUAAGAGUGUUGUAUCUGAAGAACAUGCAGAAACAGAGGAGCAGACUUAUGAUAUAUAUCUUCUACCUCCUGGUGAAGAUCCAGAAUCUUGCCAAUCAUAUCUGCGGAUGCGGAAUAAAGAUGGAAAAUACAGUCUCAUGUUUGAGGAAUGGGUGACGGAUAGUCCAUUUGUCAUAUCUCCAAGGAUUACAUUUGAAGUUAGUGUGCGUCUUCUUGGUGGACUAAUGGCCUUGGGUUAUACAAUAGCUGCCAUCCUUAAAAGAAACAGCCAUGUAUUCUCUGAUGAUAGAGUUUGUGUGAAAAUUGAUUGGCUAGAACAGCUAAAUCGUCAAUAUCUUCAGGUGCAAGGAAGAGAUCGCUUAGUUGUAAAAUGUGUUGCAGAGCAGCUUGGUUUGGAAGGUUCAUACAUUCCACGUACCUAUAUUGAACAAAUCCAAUUGGAAAAGCUUGUAAAUGAGGUUAUGGCCCUGCCGGAGGAUUUGAAGACAAAGCUCAGCCUAGAUGAGGAUCUGGUGUCAAGCCCAAAAGAAGCUCUCUUAAGAGCCUCUGCAGAUAGGGUUGCCUCGAGAAAUAAGCACCUCAAAAGUGGUAUGUCACAUUCAUAUUCAACUCAAAGGGAGAAGAAUAUACCCCACUUUGCUGGAUAUAGUGUGAACAACCGGAGGUUUGAUGAGAGAAAUUCAGACUCAGCUCUAGCACACCAGGGAGUCAUUACUCAGCUUUCAGAUCAGAUAUCCUCUCUGAAUGAUAGGAUGGAUGAGUUUACAACCCGGGUCGAAGAGUUGAAUUCCAAGUUAACCAUCAAGAGAAGUAGUUCCAGCCAACAAAACUUGGCUUUUCAAGCGGAUCCUUGCAAUGGCUCUGCUCCAACUUCUUACUUCAUCAAUGGUUUAGGCAAUGGUUCCAUAAUGCCCAAUUCCUCAUCUUCCUCCCAGCUGGCUAAGGAUUCACCUUUAAUCGAAGAGAUAUCCACUGUUGCACGGGGACAACGCCAAAUCAUGCACCAGUUAGACAACCUUAGUAAUCUCCUUCAUGAGAGACUUGGAGAGAGGUCUCAGCAAGCAAGUACAAGAAGGAAAAACAUGGUGGCUGAUGCAGAGCCUAUCAAAGUUCCUCUAGUUCUAACAACAUUGGUAAUUGGCGGCCUAGGAAUCUUCUUAUACAGGGGCUUUUUAACCCGAGACUGAUUCGAACCUCUGGAAUAUUUUUCACGUUUUCUUGUCCUUUUAUAAGAUUUUCUUUUGUCCCUCCAAGUGUUUUUGCAGCAGUACUCUUCUACUCGGGAAAGACAGUCAAAAACUGAUCAUUAAGAGUUAAACUGGGGGCAAACAAAACAAUGCUUUCAAGCUUUCUCUUUGAGGGUUGUAAAAGAAGGGUGCUCUGGCUAAUUUUUUUUUCUUCUAUUUGUUUCACUUUGUGGGGGACUUCCUAGCCAUAUUGGCAAAUGCUAUUUUAGCCAGUUGUGACAUUCUCUAGUUAUAAAUUAAUAGUUAUUUAUAGAGUAAAAUUAUGUAAUCAUUUUCACUUCCAUGUGGAUGAUACGCAUCUCUCUCUUUCAGUCUCAUAUGAAAACAAUUUCUGCUACUUUGGACCUUCA